AUGUCGACCUCUACUACUGGUGCCCCUGCUACUGGUGUUCCCGGUCUAACUCUAGAUCUUCAACGGCAAAAAAUCUGUGACAGUUUGAUAAUAGCAGAUAAGUUGUUUAAUAGGCUUAAACAUGUGUUCUAUAUUAUCGCUCCAAUAGUUAUUGGUAUAGUGUUGGCAAUAGUGGAAGGACUAACCUGGACCGUGGCAUCUAUCUCGAUUCCUUUUGUAGGAGUUGGAUGA